AUGUCUGCCGACAUUCAAUCAGAGCGGCUGGCUAAAUAUUUCGGAGCCGUCGUUCUUGGAAAACAAGAAGUGCAAGAUCAAGCCAACUUCAAGCGAUUUGUGAAAGCGAUCCUGGAUCAAAGUGAUCCUUGUAUUGUGGUUCAGCGAAUCGUCUCAAGUCCAAGCGCCUUGAAUGUAUUGCAAAGUGGACUGAGGUUCAACCUUAGCUCGGCUUUCAUCAACGAGUAUACUGCAAAGUUGAUUCAAUACCUGAACCACCGCGAAGUCAAGCUUCUUUGCAACGGGAAGUUUCUGGAACAAAUUCUUCUGGUGAUACUGGAGCCUCGGACUCUCUGGAACGCAUUUUUGGAGGCAUUCCGCACUCGGAAACUGGACGACGAUGCGAUCCGGGCUCUAUGCUGGUUGUUGACAGAAUUGCUUUCACUGCCUGCCUCUUCUGGAGUAGAUGUGAGAACCGAUGCCCAGGCUGUUUUGGACGAUGGAUCGCUCUUAUCUUCGGCCUCUAUGGACACGCGAAACUUGGGCCACAAGAUCAAAUACCUUUUGGAGAUGAAAUCAUCCGCGGCCACUCUUCAAGCCUCGGAAACCACAGCAGGAGGUCGGCAUGAUAAUGAUUUUGCUGAUUUCCGCUUGACGACCAUUUUCCCUACGGCGGAUGAGAUGGGGUGCACGGAGAAACCAUUUUAUCGACGUGCUGAAGAUGUCGCGCAGCUGCCUGAUAACCAACGUAUCGCGGGUCAUAUUGACAACCAGUUUCGCCUUCUGCGAGAGGACAUGCUUUCGGAGCUCCGUGAUGACUUUCAAAUUGCAAGAGGAACAAAGAAGGGACGGCGGUCGGCAGUCCACCUGAAAGCCCUCUCUCUUGCUCGUCUUCGCUGUACUUCCGGGCCUCAGGACCGCCUCCGGCCUUGUACUGUUGGCGUCACUGCCCAAUUCGGCCUUGAGAGACUGAAAGGCAUGUCGAAAGAGGCUCGGAAAACGUUUUUGAAAAAUACGCCGAACUUUGUCAAGCAUCGUGCCUUUGGGUGCUUGAUUCGAGACACAGAACUCGUGGCCUUUGCUACAAUUGAAAGAGAGAUCGAUGAUCUGGUAUCCAAUCCACCAGUGGUCAUGUUGCGUAUCGCAGGCGAAGAAGCGGUCAAAAAGUCUCUUCUUUGCCUCAAACUCUACAAUGAUUUGGAGUUCUUGAUUGUGGAUACUGCAAUGUUUGCGUAUGAGCCAAUCUUGAAAUGCUUGCAGGAGAGAGUAGAUUUGCCUCUCACAGAAGAGCUAUUCCUUUACGAAAAAGAUCAGCCAAUACGUGACUCAAGCCUGGUUCCUUGGGAUAUAGUUAACAAAUUGAAGGAAGAAAUCGGAUUCAAUAUCCAGAAUAUCCUUCAAACUCCUAAGCCAGUGACAUUGGACCCUUCCCAACUUGACUCUCUGCUGGCUGGAUUGACACAAAGAGUCAGUUUGAUUCAAGGGCCUCCAGGUACUGGCAAGUCUUUUAUUGGUGCGCUUCUUGCAAAGACUCUACAUGAUAACACCAAAGACAAGAUUCUGGUUAUGUGCUACACCAAUCAUGCCUUGGAUCAGUUUCUGGAGGACUUGCUAGAUAUCGGAAUCAAUUCAUCUGCCAUAGUCCGCAUCGGCUCCAAAUCAACACAGCGGACUGAGCCGCUUGGAUUGUUCAAACAGCAAUCAUCUUAUAGAAGGACGCAGACCACUUGGAACACCAUCAAGGCACUCGAAGCGGACGGAAAUGAUCAACUGGUUGAUUUGGACGAUUCUUUCCAAGCUUAUAAGAAGCUUGCAGCUAAUGCUGCAUCCAUCUUGGACUAUUUGGAGUUUGAAGAACCAAAGGCUUUCGAAGCUUUGUCUGUACCCGAAGACGAAAAUGGCAUGACCACCGUGGCUAAGGGGGGCAAGUCAAUCAAGAAAGAAUAUCUCUAUAACCGAUGGAUCAAGGGUAAAAAUGCUGGAGUUUGUAUCAAUAAGCUUCCCGCUCAUUGUCGCGACAUGUGGACACUAGAUUUGAAGAUCCGAGAAGAGAAAGACAGAGCUUGGAAAAGAGCUGUUCUGGGUGAACAGGCCGAGUCUUUGGGCGUCAGUAUGGCCUUGUUCGACAAAUGCCAAAGCAGACUGAGUGCUACCCUGGGCGAGAGAAGCCGUGAAAUUCUCAAAGAAAAGCAAAUCAUUGGCUGUACUACUACAGCUGCGGCAAUGUAUUCCGAGGAUAUCCGACAUGCUUCUCCUGGGAUAGUGCUGCUCGAAGAAGCGGGCGAGAUCCUUGAAUCCCAUGUGCUCACAGCGAUGACACCAGAAACGAAACACCUGAUCUUGAUUGGCGACCACCAGCAGCUACGACCAAAGAUCAACAGCUACAGCCUGAGCACGGAGAAGGGAGAUGGUUAUGAUCUGAACGUCUCCCUGUUUGAAAGACUCAUACAUGCUGGAUUUCCCCAUACCACAUUGCUCAAGCAGCAUCGAAUGUGUCCAGAAAUCUCGAGCUUCGUACGCAAUCUCACUUAUCCUGGGCUGGAGGACGCCCCAAAGACCAAGAACCGCCCUCAGCCCCGAGGGCUAUGUGACCGAGUGAUAUUCUUUCAUCAUCAAAACCCCGAAGAAAUCUUCUCAGAGAUCUCAGACCUACGUGAUGAGAACUCGAAAGGGAGCAAGAGAAAUUCGUUUGAGGCAGACGUAGUGCUCAAGAUCGUGAAGUAUCUUGGACAGCAGGGAUAUGGAACAGACAAACUGGUGAUUCUGACUCCGUAUCUCGGUCAACUAAGUCUACUCAGGCAUACUCUCAGCAAACAGAAUGAUCCCGUGUUGAAUGAUAUUGAUUCCCAUGACCUUGUUAAAGCAGGGCUUCUAUCCCAGGCGAGCGCUUCCCAUGCCAAGCGUCAGAUCAGGCUUUCCACAAUCGACAACUUCCAAGGAGAGGAGAGCGAGAUUGUUAUCGCAUCGCUCACUCGCAGCAACAAAGUCGGCGACAUAGGAUUCAUGGCAGCCCCCGAGCGGCUCAAUGUCCUGCUUUCCCGAGCGCGAAACGUCCUCAUUCUAGUAGGAAAUUCGGAAACAUUCGUUUCCAGUCGAAAGGGCCAACGGCAUUGGAAACCAUUCAUUGACCAACUGAAGUCGAACGGUCACCUGUACGAUGGACUGCCCGUCCGAUGCGAGCAACACCCUCAGACAAACGCCAUUCUUCGAACACCAGACGACUUUGACAGAGAAUGUCCAGAUGGAGGAUGCUCUGCGCCUUGUGGCGUAAAAUUGAGUUGCGGGGUCCACGAAUGCCCGUCAAAAUGCCAUCAGCUUGCCGAUCAUUCAAAAAUGAAAUGUACCAAGAUCGUCAAAUGGAAAUGCCCCCGGGGCCAUUCAUUAUCUGUGGCAUGUUCACAAACGAAGCGCUCUUGCCACUUCUGUAUCCUCGAAGAUCAAAUCAAAGAGCGCAAGCGCAAACGUGAUCUUGAGUUAGAAAAAGAACGGAAACGAAAGCAGGACGAGUAUGCUCAGAAACUUGCAGAGGCCCAGGAGGAAGCUUCCUAUCUAAAGCGCUUGCGACGCGAUGAAUUCGAUGACGCGGAACGAGCCAAAAUUCUUGAACAACAUCGACAGGAAAUUGAGAAUUUGAAGAACCCCCCUCAACCAGCAACCAUUCAAGGAAGUUUGCAAUCUCAAAUCACCACAAGCAUACCCUCCAUUGCGCGAUCUCUCACGCCUACCAACGUACCAUCAAUCACCACGAAGAUAGCUACACCACCGAUUGCCGACAAAACGAGUACUCACACCCGAAGUGUUGAGCCUCCCACUCGCCAGAAAAUGGCACCACCAAAGCAAUCGGCAGCCGAAACUGACUGGGCAUACCAAAAGAAGUUUCUGAAUGCUCAAAGCCAAGAGAUUGACAAGCUAAUGGACAUGACCGGGCUUGAGUCAGUGAAGGAAAAAUUCUUGUCUAUUAAGGCCAAAGUGGACGUGGCCGUUAGACAGAAUGUCGACCCUAGCCGUGAUCGAUUUGGAUCUGUAUUGCUUGGAAACCCUGGCACCGGCAAAACAACGGUUGCCCGUCUCUAUGCGAAGUUCUUGGCGUCUAUGGGGGUCAUUCCUGGUGAUAAAUUUGUCGAGACAACUGGGUCUAGGCUUGCAAACGAUGGUAUUUCCGGAUGCCAAAAGACCCUUGAGACCCUCUUGAAAGAUGGCGGAGGCGCCAUGUUCAUCGAUGAAGCUUACCAGCUCGUGGGCAGUAGCUUUGGGGGCACCCAGGUCCUAGACUUCCUCUUGGCCGAAGUUGAAAGCCUCACGGGAAAAGUGGUCUUCAUUCUGGCGGGAUAUCAACGCCCGAUGGAGAAGUUCUUUGCUCAUAAUCCAGGGCUUCCUAGUCGCUUCCCCCAUGAACUGAAAUUCGCCGACUUCGAUGACUCUGAGUUAAUGCAGAUUUUGGGGGCAUGCAUCGAAAGGACAUACAGGAAGCAGAUGAAAGUUGAGGAUGGCCUUGGGGGACUUUACUGUCGCAUCGUAGCUCGUCGAAUAGGCCGCGGGCGUGGUCGUGAGGGCUUUGCAAAUGCAAGGGCCGUUGAAAAUACCAUGACCAAGAUCUCCGAGCGACAAGCCGCGCGUCUCAGCCAGGAAAGACGACAGGCUGUCAGCAAAGUUGACGAUUUCUUCCUGAGUCAGGAAGAUCUGAUCGGUCCGGAUCCAUCCCAGGCUCUGAUGUCAUCAAAUGCCUGGCAGAAGCUGCAGACCAUGAUUGGCUUGGGUGCUGUGAAAAGGACGGUGCAAGCCAUACUGGAUACCAUGCGAUACAACUACCAGCGUGAGAUAGAUGAGAAGCCCUUGGUUGAGUAUAGUCUGAACAAGGUCUUCCUGGGAAAUCCUGGAACUGGGAAGACUUCGAUUGCGAAAAUCUACGGUCAGAUUCUUGUGGAUAUUGGGUUUUUGUCUAAUGGCGAAGUGGUCGUCAAGAACCCGUCAGACUUUGUUGGCAGCGUAAUAGGAGAAUCUGAAAAGAACACCAAGGGAAUACUCGCGUCCACAUUGGGGAAGGUCCUAGUCAUCGAUGAGGCCUAUGGACUGUUCGCUGGAGGUACCUCAGAUGGAACAGGUUCUAAAAGUGAUCCAUUCAGGGUUGCCGCCGUGGACACAAUCGUUGCAGAAGUGCAAAGCACACCUGGUGAUGAUAGGUGUGUUUUGCUUCUGGGGUACAAGGAUCUCAUGGAAGAGAUGUUUCAGAAGGUCAAUCCUGGCCUCAGCCGGCGCUUUCCAAUGGAUCAGGCAUUUGUCUUCGAAGACUUCACCGCAGAUGAACUGGAUUCCAUCGUGGAUCUGAAACUCCAAGAACAAGGUUUCGGCAUAACUGACCGCGGUCGUCGCGUUGUGCUGGAGAUGUUGGAGCGUGCCCGAAAUCGUCCACAUUUCGGCAAUGCCGGCGAGAUUGACAACUUGCUCAACGGAGCCAAGAUGCACUAUCAAAAACGCUUGGCAUCCAGCAAACACCCCAAUUCCGUUUCAGAUUGCCUCCUUGAUGCUCCUGAUUUUGAUGAAGACUUCGAUCGCGCGGAUAGGAAUGAAAGUGUUGCAAAGCUUUUUGAAGGCGUCAUCGGAUGUGAAAGCAUUGUUGCCCAACUAGAAGGGUAUCGUCAAACGGUUCAGAUUCUCAGACAGCUGGGCAGGGAUCCUCGCGAACAACUGCCAUUCAACUUUGUCUUCCGCGGUCCUCCAGGCACUGGAAAGACCAGCACAGCUAGAAAGAUGGGCCAAGUAUACUAUGAUAUGGGCUUGUUGGCUUCAAGUGAAGUAGUCGAGACCUCAGCGACGGACCUAGUUGGUCAAUACGUAGGCCAAACAGGCCCAAAAACCCAGCAAGUCCUUGAACGUGGUCUUGGAAAGGUACUUUUCAUUGAUGAAGCCUAUCGCCUCGCGGACGGAAAAUUCGCCCAAGAGGCUAUGGAUGAGAUCGUGGAUGGGAUUACCAAACCUAAGUUCGCCCAAAAACUGAUAAUCAUUCUAGCCGGUUAUGACGCAGACAUAGAGCGACUCUUACAGGUCAAUGCAGGCCUCAGAAGUCGUUUCUCGGCUUCUGUUCAAUUCGGCCCCUUGCCUUCAGCGGAUUGUAUCCAGUUGCUAUGCAAGCUUUUGCUGAAAGAGAAGAAUGAUUUGUUAAGCAAUUCACAGGCCCAAUUUGAUUUAGUCUGUCUGGAAAGCCCUGAUUCCGGGUUUAUGAGGGGAAUGGUCCAACGUUUUGACAGGCUCUCACGCACUCCGGGAUGGGCAAAUGCACGAGAUGUUGAGACACUCAAAAAAACAAUAUUUGGCAAGGUUCUUCAGUCGUCCAGUGGGAAAAGGCUGGCUCUGGGCAAAGAUACCGUGCUCGAAGUGCUCGACUCAAUGAUCAACGAGCGAUCCAGCGGGAAACAAUACUUGCAAAUCCCCCCAUCAACCGGAUUCAAUGGUGGAGAGCAGAUUGCCGACCUUCCUGUACGCACUCAAAUUAGUAGCAGCCCUGUGACAAAGCUGGACAGCCAAAACCCGGUCGACAUGGACAUGACAUCGACUAAACCCGACACAAAGACCGAGUGUCAGACCGAGAAGGCCACUACCACAGCAAAGCGAGAUGAUGGUGUUACAGACGAAGUUUGGGAUCAACUCGAAAAAGAUAAAGCUUUGGCAGAGGAACGAGAAAAGGAGUACUUGCGCGUGCAAGAGGAAGAGGACAGGCAGAAGGAGAUGGUCUUGAAACUCAAGGAGGAAGAGGAAAAGGCUGCACGGGAACUGGAAGAUGCAAAUAAGAAAGCAGACGAGGAUGCUAAAAGACGUCACGAGCAAGCCCGGUUAAAACAUGAACUGGAGCGCAGAAGACAGGAAGCAAUCCUAGAGAAGCUCAGAAAGCAGCAGGAGGCUCUGGCCGAGGCUCGUCGGAAGGAACAAGCUAAUCAGACGAAGCUGAGAACCAUGGGGCUCUGUAUCGCUGGCUUUCAAUGGCUCAAACAAGCCGGUGGAUAUCGUUGUGCUGGUGGUACUCAUUGGGUGUCGGAUGCUCAGCUUGGAGAUUCCUGA